AUGACAGAACUACCAAAGUCGAUCGGAUGGGUUGGGCUUGGGCUCAUGGGACUUCCCAUGGUAACAAAUCUUCUGCAGAAGAUGCAUACCGACACGCAGUUUCAUGUGUACGAUGUCUCACAAAAGCUGGUAGAGAAGUUUGUCCAAGAUGGCAAAGGGCGAGUACAUGCUUGCGGGAGUAGUAAGGAAGUUGCAGACAAGUGUGACGUGAUCCUCUCCAUGGUACCGGAAGGAUCUCAUGUUCGAUCCGUCUAUCUCGAUGCAGCAAACGGUGUCCUGGCCAGCUCAUCCCUGGACAACAAAAUCCUGAUCGACUGUUCCACCAUCGAUACCGCUUCCUCUCUAGCCGUUCGCGAUGCAUGUGCAGAAAAGCACCCGAGUACCCGCUUCUACGACUCACCAGUCUCAGGGGGCGUCAUGGGUGCAGAAAAGGGCACUCUAACAUUCAUGCUCGGUUGCUCAACCACAAACUCUGAUCUCCCACUCCUCAUGGAACUUCUCAGCUUAAUGGCAGGCAACAUCUUCCCCUGCGGCGGUCCUUCGCUCGGACUAGUGAGCAAGCUGUGCAACAAUUACUGCUCAGGCCUCAUCGCAAUCGCCGUAAGCGAAGCCAUGAACAUCGGGAUUAAAUCAGGCAUGGAUCCGAGGGUUCUGGCGAAUGUCUUCCAUACCAGUACGGCGCAGAGUGCGAUUUGUGACGAUUGGUGUCCUGUACCGGGGAUCUGUCCGGAGGCUCCAGCGAGUAAAGGAUACCAAGGAGGAUUUYGUGUGGAGCUUAUGAAGAAGGACUUUGGACUUGCGGUCGAUGCUGCUGAAAGAGUCGGGGCGAAGUUGGCGUUGGGGAAAGAGGGUCUUGGGGUCUAUGAGGGAGCAAGCAAGGACGACGGGUGUAGAGGAUUGGACAGUAGGGUUGUGUAUAGGUAUCUCGGGGGAGCUGAAGAUUGGAAGGAGAAAGGUGAGUUUGAUGAGGAUGUUGAGAUGAAGAGAAAUGAGACUAGAAGGCUUUUGAAGGCUGGUAGGGAGGCUGAUGAGAGGAAGAGGAAGAGCGAUUAG